UGGUGUAUUAAACUGCUGUUCUUCACUGUAAUUCCUACAGAAGAGAGUGUGUGUGUGUGUGUGUGUGUGUGUGUGUGUGUGUUUUGAAUUGGGUGGAGCUGAAGCACGAAAGUGUGUGACAGCGCAGAGUAACACACUCAGAUGUGUGUAUUUCUAUCUUUGUGAGAACCUGUUAUUCGCUCUGCAUCUAAUUGUCCCGUUCCACCUUAAAUGUGCAGCAGUUAGAGGGCGCCAUACGGUAACUUCUGCACAUUUAAGGGGGAACGGAACAAUUACAUUAAGAAGGCAGACUAAGUCGUAAGUACAUGUACACACUGCUUUACACAUACACACACACUCACACACACACACUCACACACACACACACACACACACAAGCGGGUCUGAAGAAGAUCACUCAGCAGUGCAGAUCACACUCCAGCUGUAGCAUGGCUGAUGCACUUACAGAAGAGCAGAUCGCAGAGUUUAAGGAGGCGUUCUCGCUGUUUGAUAAAGACGGUGACGGGACGAUCACCACUAAAGAACUCGGGACAGUGAUGAGGUCACUGGGACAAAACCCCACAGAGGCGGAGCUUCAGGACAUGAUUAACGAGGUGGACGCAGACGGAAACGGAACCAUCGACUUCCCAGAGUUUCUGACCAUGAUGGCCAGAAAAAUGAAGGAUACGGACAGUGAAGAGGAAAUCCGAGAAGCUUUCAGAGUAUUCGACAAAGAUGGGAACGGUUAUAUCAGUGCUGCUGAACUCCGGCACGUUAUGACGAAUCUGGGCGAGAAGCUGACGGAUGAGGAAGUGGACGAGAUGAUCAGGGAAGCUGAUAUCGAUGGAGACGGACAGGUUAACUAUGAAGAGUUCGUACAGAUGAUGACGGCGAAAUGAAGCUCCUCCUUACCGAACGAUAAUCGGUCCGAUGUUUUACGUCUUACCUCCGAAAACUCGUUUACUCAUUAAUCUGUCCCUAAAUCCAGAAAAACGACUGGAAGUGGAAAAUCUAAACAGUUUGUUUAUAUAAUGGAAACAAACCGAUUCAUGUUUUGGUCCUUGGCUCUGUAUAAAAAACUGAAGCUCUGGAACCGCCCCGGUUCUGUGGGAGGAGCCCUCAGGUCAGACUGCUCGUCCUUUACCUCUUUCUGUUCUUCAUUAAUGCAGUUCCAGCAGGAGGCAGAGCAGAGGUCCAUUCUGAACUGUUGAGGGGAGGGGUUGGGGGUGUGGUCUCUAUAGAGGGUUAGAGUGAAGAGGUGGGGUGGGCGGGGUUUGCUUUAAAACAUUUUUAAGAAAAUCAUACUUUAUGAUACUAAAUUGUUUAGCUGUUAAAAUUUGCUUUCUAGUGUGCCUGGAGGGUGGGUGCGUGGUCGAGGGGCGGGGUUUCAGAUCCUGACCUUUGACCUUGUCUGUUGAGGACUGAAUCUCAUAUGGUUCCCUGCUCCCUACAAAGUGCACAGUGGAGAUCUGGACACGGCGGCUCUUUAAACUGAUCCAGACAUCUAAAACAAUGUCAGCCAAUCAAAAUUCACACAGUUAUGAGCUUUUGCAUAUUAAUGAGCAAUGCUAAGUUCCGGUACCGGUUCUCCGUUCUGUUCUCUCUGCGGUUUUGUACCGGUGAUUCUGAGAGAGAGGAGAACCGGCGGGUUCUGUUCACACCAGUCUGAGUUUCACUUUUCCAAUAAAAGAUCAUAAACUUUA